AUGUUCAGUGUUUCUCGUCGACAACUAUUACAUUCUUUCAAAUGUUUACGCUUGGCACUCCGUAAUUAUUCUCAGCAACAGGCAUCUCUCAGAAACAAUGAUAUUCAUUUUUCUUUCAUUACAGCCGCUGGUGUCGAAACAUCAGCGUUUCCCCUAAUUCAUUUAGCUCUCCCAUCAGAACGGUUUCUAAUUGGGGAUUUUGGAGAGCAAACGCUUCGUUGUGUGAUGCUAGAAAAAGUUCGCUGUUCGACAAAACUCAAAAGCGCCGUUGUGUUUCCUCCAGUUUUGAAUGAACAUGAAUUUUAUCAGAAGUGGUCGUCUAUUGCCGGACUUCCUGGUUAUAGUCUUACUUUUCCAUUAUCACAACCUUGGGGUCUUCAUGCUGAUGCUUUCACUUGCAAAGCCUUUCUUCGAGCCCUUUCAUUUUCAAGAACACAGUCAAGAGCACCAGAUUCCCAUAUAACUCCUUACGAAAAUGACUCGUCUAUGGUAAUUUAUGAAGAUCCCUUUAUUUCUAUAAAGCAAAAACGACAUAACUCCUGGUGUUCGUUGCACGUUUCUACGCCAGUUGCGACUGGCGUAUUUGAUGUUGAAAAAGCAAUUCAACUUGGAGUAAAACCGGGCCCAGCGUUCGGGUUAUUGACAAAAGGUCAGAGUGUACUAUCAUCUGAUGGCUUUACACGCGUACAUCCAGAACAAGUUUUGGGUUCGCCAAAGCCACCAAAGAAUCUUGUAUUACUAGGAACUCGAGACAUUUCUGAAACAGCGUUUGAUGAUGCAUUAAAUUGCUUGAAACUAAAUUUCAUACCCAGUAAGAACGACUGCGUCGUUCAUAUUCUUCCCCGUGGCCUUUGGAGUUCAGAGUAUGUUAAUAAUGUGAUGAAAAAACAUAAAAAUAUAACAAACAUCAUAUCGGCACCAGAGUUAUUGUACGACCGAUCACUCUUUCAGCGUUCCCGAAGGUUUACGUCUUCCCUAGUAUGUGAACAAUUUUACCCUUGGAGGAGUACCAAGGUUAGACACGCUCGUUCCAUUCUUCCGAAAGAUACGUACAUCGCUCAGCAGGGUUUGUCAGUCGCUUUACGUACAGAUGGGUGUUCUGUUUCAGGUCAUAAAGAGUCGUUUGAUGAGUCUGAGACAAGAAACUCAAUGAAGAGCCGUGAAAUUAUCACAUCACACAGCACAAUAACACUGGAUACUCUUGGAACCGGCUCAUCAUGCGCUUCAAUUGUUCGUAAUGUAUCCGGAUACUUUCUAAGUUCUGGGAAAGAUACCUUUCUGCUUGAUUGUGGAGAGGGCUCACUUUCUCAACUCUCUCGUCAAUAUGGGUCAAACACAGAUGUUGUCCUUUCACGUCUGAAGUGUAUAUUUAUUUCGCAUUCUCAUGCUGAUCAUCAUUAUGGGUUGCCGUCUAUAAUCCAGGCACUUCUUUCUUUUCAUCUUCCUUAUAAGGUGCUUCUUAUUUGUCCCUUAGAUAUAAAGAAUUGGUGUAACUUUCUUUUUCCUUCCAUUCAUCAAGCAAUUCAAUUUGCAACUCCGUCGACUAUUCCAAAAACUCUUGAAACUGAACCGUCUUGGACUUGGACCACCGUUCAGGCACUACACACCAAAAAUUCGUAUUCGAUUGUUUUAUCCCAUCGGUCGUUAGGUAAAAUUGUUUAUUCUGGAGAUACUCGACCGAAUUCUUCUCUAAUAAAGGUUGGUCGUGAUGCUAAACUAUUGAUUCAUGAGGCCACUUUAGAUGAUAGUCUUUCUCAGCUGGCAGUUGAAAAAAGACACUGUACAUUCUCUGAAGCCUUACUAGUUGCUAAAAAAAUGAAGUCUCAAAAUACGGUUUUAACUCACUUUAGUCAACGAUAUAAAAGCGACUACGUGAUACGAAAACUGUUUCCAAAAUUACCCAAAAAUGUAGUUCUUGCUUGUGAUAAUUUACAUCUUGUGUUUUAA